CUAAAAGAGGCCGAGACCAAACCUCAACCCACAAUCAUUGGCCUCCUACCAAUGGAGUGCGCAGCUAAAGGAAGGGGAACCUCCUGCCUGCGAGGCCCACCGAAGAGGCGCUGCGGUCUCUGCGGUGCCGUUGCUUACUGUUCCAAAUCCCAUCAGAUGUUGCAUUGGAGUGAUCAUAAAGACGAAUGCUCGAGGCUUGCACAACAAAUGAAGCAUGCUGAUGGUUUGAGUGAUUUUCCCUUUACAUUUUUGGGGUCUGGAAAGGAAGAGACAAGAUGUUCUAUUUUGACAUCUGCAGGCCUUCACCGUGUUGAAUUAUGGAAAUCUGAAUGCAGUUGUAGUUUGGCAGUUGCCUCAUCCAAAAGUUCAUGGAUAAAUGACAGUUGGUGUCUUCCAAGUUCAUUAUGCCCAUGUUCCGAGCCAAGAAGUCCAGCACCAACCCAUAUGAGUAGUUGGAAGGAUUAUUAUCAAUGGAGAUGCCUUCCAUUCCAUUCACCUGCUGCUUUGUUACUUCAUUGGCCACUUACAAUAUAUCGCUGCUUUCAAGUUUCUGGCCUUCAGAAUCUAAUUCUGCGAGAUUCAAACACUUUGAACAUACAUUAUCUAGGGCCUGAGAAAGAGCUUCUGCAACUUGGGGUUUUUAGCGAACUCAGAGCACUAUUUCCCAGUAUUCAGCUGCAUAUAGAAUUUGUCGGACCAGCAGUGCCACAAUUUAGGGAUGGGGAGAUGAUAAGCCUUUGCAACUAUAUGCAUUGUUCCGAGGAGGAUUGCUGCUGCAAGGUUUCAUCUACAGUUUCUGCUUCUGAAGCGCCGAACUGCAGCUCUUCAUUUCUGACUGUAAAACUACAUAAAGGUUUCUAUCAUGACAGAUAUGAAGAUAUAGUAAAGGAUUCUUAUCCUCAUUUGGUGGUUGUUCCUAAUGCUGGUAUUGCUGCUUAUUCCAGCUGGUUACCCACAAUUGAGCUACUUAAAGAUAAGAAGAUCCCAGCAGUAUUUACUGAUUUCUGUGAAGAAGCUGCAAACCUAGCGGCCCAUUGCAUAAGUAGCGUAUCCGCCAAAGCUCUAAGGCAACCGGUACAACUUAAUCCAUUUAGGCAGCCGCUGGCAGUGGAAGAUUCUGCUUUGUACCUACCAUGCUACUCAAAUUGCUUCCUUUUUGGGAUAUAAUAUACUAUCGGUAAAUUUCACAAAAAACCCCGAAGAAGUUUGGCUCAUUUUGAGAUAAAUCCCCAAAAAGUUUGUAAAUGUCACCUAAUCCCCAAAACUUUUGCAUUUUCCGGAAUCAAUUUUCAGCUAACCCCCAACCUUUUGGUGAAAAAGUUCUGGUUGUUAAGAGACAUUUCAAAACAUUUUGGGGGUUUCUCAGAACGGUCCCACCUUCUUGUGGGCUUUGUGAAAUAUACAUCCUUGUAAUGUUCAUAGUAGGGUAUUGAAAGAAUUAAGGCCGUUCCAUGCUGUUCUCUGAAAUCAAACCUAAAUUUGACGCUGAGAUUUUUGAAGUGAAAAUAAAUAGAGAUGAGCUCUUGAUGGAGAGCUUUGAUAAAGAGUAGAGUCCGCGGGAAUCUGAAAAGGGGGAGAGAAUCCCAAGCAAAAAGGUUGAUGCUGAAGAAAGAUCCUUUGAUCGUUAAAAUAAUUUACAAACUUAGAGAAGUACAUAACUUUCAUCAUGUAUCCAUACAGGAAAUCAUCUCCCAUUAUGUAAUUUUUCGGUUGAUUAGGUCUAAGAUUCAUCUGGCUGAAGAAAGUGCUUAACGCCAUUAUUAAGAGUAGAACGUGUGUGCUGUCAACAUGAUUGUAUUCUCUGAUUUUUUUUUAAGAAAUGCCCUUUUGAUGUU